GCGACAUUUCCGGUUGCUGCUGUGUCGUUUUGCUUUACGACAAUUGUGAUAAACCAGAAGAGUGAACUGCUGGCUACAGAGUUCUUUGAAAAGUCAGGUGAUGUUUUCCACCUGAACGCAAACAAAAAACGAAAUGACCUGAGGUACGACAACUUGAUGACUGCCCUACAUGCCAGCUGAAGGAUUUGGCAAUAACUCACGAUGCGACAAACAACAACACAUUUUCAACAGUUUUCCUUCUCAGCGCUAGCUACUUAGCUAAGCUAACUUAGCCAGACGCUAACGAAGCCAGUUUGUCAGCUUUCACUCUGGGUAACUUGUUUUGAGUGCGACCAGAAUUCGAUGUGACAUCCUGGAAUUUCCGACCUUAAGCACCCUGGGUGCCGUUUGUAAACGCUGACUCAUAGCUGGGCUUCCUUAGUUUAAACACACAAUGUGGCUACAGCAAAGACUGAAGGGGCUACCAGGCUUAUUAUCGAGCAGCUGGGCGAGAAGAUUGCUCAUAGGACUGCUGCUCUUCAUCAUCUUCUACUGGUAUCUGGGAGCAGAGCGCAGAUGGAGCUUCUUCAGCGGCUCGACCAUGCCCGGUGGGGCUGCCGGACAGUGCCUACUGACUGAAAUCCACAGGUGGAAGUCUUUCGUAGAACGAGGAGAGGGGAUAUACAGCGCACCUCAGGAACAACUAGAUACACCUUUUGUAUCAGGUAACGGCCAUAUUCUUAUUGACAUUGACUCCAACAAACUAUGGGUAGCGUCGUCGGCCCAGCCCGGCUCGGCUCCGGUCCACCAGACUGAAUACUCACCGAGAGUCGGUGUCCACCUGGAGGGGAAACGUGCUGAGGCUCAUGCUACCAUGCUGUGGUUCCGGAAAGGAUCCGUGUUGUCGGUCCGCUGUGCCACACCAGCCGCUCUGCAGUCACCCCGGGACUGUGUCACCAUCAGAGAGGAGUUCAUCGCGCAUAGAAGCAGACCUAACGUGUAUCUCCAACGAAUCCACAUCAACAACCCGUCUGACAGGGCCGCCUCCUUGGAAGUUUCGUCUGACAACCCCUCCUUUGGUAACAAGUUUUCCAGCAGUGUGGAGAAAGUGGAGGACAGAGACAUAGUGCUCUCCUCUGGUAGAGUGCCUGUGGAGAAUAACCACAUGGUGCUGGUGGUGGUGGUCACCAAGAAGCUCAUCGGCAGGAUCCAGGUCUCUGCCAAAUCAGAUUACAAAGACAGCAUCCUGUCAGUGGUGUGGACCUCAGAGCCCAUCGAGCCCUCCAAGCUGGAGGAGACCUUCAGCACCCUCAGAGAUGGAGCCAAAAAGGAGCUGGGGGAGCUGCUCAGGGCCAGUGUGGAGGACCUAGUGGAGGAUCACCAGCAGGCCUGGAUGGACCUCUUUAUUUCAGGUGUUGAAAUGAGGAAGAUAACAGACUCCCACACACCAUCGAGUCGCACAGUGAACACCACCCUCUACUAUAUCCUGUCCUCCUUUGUGGCUCCCCUGCUGGAUCGAAGAUUGAGUGGCGAGGAGCGCGCCCAUCUCGAGUCCAGCCUCAACUAUGCCGACCACUGCUUCAGCGGCCACGCCACCAUGCACGCAGAGAACCUGUGGCCCGAGAGGGUGAGCAGUACUGCUCAGAUCCUGCAGCUAGUCACGCUGUGGACUCUGACACUGCAGAAGAGAGGCUGCAAAGUGCUGGUGGCGGCUGGAGCCCACGGAGCCAUGCAGGGCAUGGUGCUCAGCUUCGGCGGCCUUCAGUUCACAGAAAACCACCUUCAGUUUCAGGCUGACCCAGAUGUGCUGCACAACAGCUAUGCCCUGAGAGGAAUUCACUACAACCAGGACCUUAUUAACCUGGCAGUGCUGCUUGAUGUGGAGGGGAAACCUUUUCUUCAUGUGUCGGUGAAGCCACAGGAGAAACCAGUGAAGCUGUAUGCCUGUGAGGCCGGCUGCCUCAACGAGCCUGUGGAACUGACAUCAGAGAUCAAAGGUCACACCUUCCCUGUGAUGGUGACACAGCCCAUCACACCACUCCUGUACAUCUCCACAGACCUGCGCCACCUGCAGGAUCUCCGCCACACCCUGCACCUCAAGGCCAUUCUGGCCCAUGAGGAGCACAUGGCCAACAGGUACCCAGGCCUGCCCUUCCUCUUCUGGUUCAGCGUGGCCUCGCUCAUAACACUCUUCCACCUAUUCCUCUUCAAACUCAUAUACAACGAGUACUGUGGCCCCGGCGCUAAGCCCCUCUUCAGGAGCAAGCAUGUGCAUGUUUCCAUUUCUCCUGGGAGCCGCUGUGGAUGGGUUGGGUAGUGGCAGUCGGUUUCCAGCCGUUCUAAUCUUCCCCUCUGACUUCACCAGGUUGCCCGCAAAAGUGAGGAUGGCUGCUGUGACACCAGGAAUGCUGUUUGAAAACUGCAAUGCUAUGCACACAUUCAACACGUCGUAGUGGCUCUGCUUGACCUUUGCCAACAAGGGUUAUAUUAAGAUGGGUGUGCUGGGGCUGAAUGACAUCCAGUUUUUUGGGGGGUUUAAAUCAAUUAGAUUAGCAGUGAUUAAGCGGAAGACAGAUGACAUGAUAAGGCAAGAGAAAGAAGCAACCAAAAAUAACAGUAUUUGGGUGUGUGGUGUGAGUCAAGUGGCGUCCAAGUGAAUGCCAGGACCAAAGGUUUCCCAGCAAAAUACUGCAUUGUAACGAGUUAAUGAAUGUUAUUCAUUUUACCUGUCAGUGGUUUGAUGUUGUGGUUGAUGGGUGUAUGUUGACCCACUUUUAGUAUAUUCUAAAACAGUGGUGAAAGCCUGCCACACACAGAUGGAUGAUAAAUGAAACCCAACUAAGCACAAGUGAUCAUUUGAGGUGUGGUGACUAUGACCUCACUGACUUACUUACAUUAAUAAAGACUUGGCAUUCAUUAUAAGUUGACGCUGAUGUCAUCAGUUUCUAUCUUCUGUCUGUCUGUAUCUUCAGCUCUGGAUGAUUUUAAGCUUUUCCUGCAGUGCGCCUGACACCAUUUUUGAUUUUUGAAGCUUUUUGUCUUUCCCUCCUCUUCUCUCUUACUUGUCAGCCCUAUGAUAUUAACUGUUAUCUAACAUUCUGCUGUUGUUUCACUCAUUGAUAAAUCUUCCAAGUACAAACAGCCUUGCAACACACUUCUCUGCCUGAGUGAACAGGGUAGAGAGUUUGGAAGCAGCUGCUGUAUCGGCUAAGGAUUUAGAGAAAAACUGGUUUAUAACAGCUUUGGUUUUAUCUCAAUACAUUUGGCUGUUGGUUUUAUUGGUUAUGAUAGCAUUGUACACACCAAAACAACCAAACAAAUAGUGAUGCUUAAUACUGGAUUUUUUGCUGAUAUCCAAUAUGCACCAACUUAUUUGACCGAUACCGAUAACAAUAUAUCAGCUUUAUUCCCAACCUAAUUUUAGUGAUUAUCAGGUCUCUUCUGUGGUGGAAUUAACAUCAUAUUAUACACGCAUACUCUUAACGUGAUGACCCACCAGCAGAUUCUAAUUGUUCAUUUUAAAGCUAAUAAUGACUGAUACUGAUGAUUUGCUGAUAUUUUCAUGCAUCCCUAUAAACAGCCCACUUUUCUGUUCAAAUGUGACCUAUUGGAUCAGCUGUAGCUGUGUACACUUCCAAGUGUCUUGUGCAAUUUGUUACACUAGUGUGGAGUGUUCUCACUCUUGUUAUCUCCCCCCAAAAAGGAGAAAAAGGUUGUUAAUCUGCUCGUUUGUUUGAAACCAGUCUGACUGUGUGUUUCUUGCCAUGUUGGAACUGUUUUAAUGAUGUAGCAAUAGAACAAUUUUAUCAUAAUCUGCAGGGCUGAUGGCCACAGCUACAAAAAUAACCAAGUUGUUGAAAUCAUUAUUUCUUUAAAUGCUAAUUAAAACUGCUCUGAUCCUGGGCCCAGUUGUUUCAACAAAUCAAUCUGGAUCAGAAUGAUCAGGAUUUGGAAAUCCCAUGUUUUGCUAUUCAGGAUCAGCUAAUCCAUCUUACUUUUGUGCCGUUAACUUUCUUCAAAUCAAUCAUGGAUUGGACCACAAUGAUCCAGAUAUAAACUUGUCAGAAUGACCAAAUCUGCAUAACCAAUGCUUUAAGUGAGACUACAUAUCACAAUGUAUUCAGUCUGCCAACAAACCCAUUGCUGUAGGCGCUGCCAAAGAGACCUGACACAGAGAUCUUUGAGAUUAUACCUUAAAAUAAUUUUUGUUUGAUUUUGGCAGCUAUUAAUAGGAUUAUUUUAUGGAGACAUUCAAUUUUUAUUUUUUUUAACUUUAUUGUACUUUGUUACUCAAUAUGUAGCAUUAUUAUUAUUAAUUUAUCAUACUUGUCACAGUGACUUAAACAAAUCAAGUGCAAAUUAUAAAUAAUUCCAUUCCAUUAUAUUGUGUUUCAAAAUAGUUUUGAUGCCCAUACUAACAGGGUGAAGCAGUUCUUGCCAGAGUGUCUUGAUUGGGAAUCAAAUAAAUGCAAAGAAAUUGACUUUAUGAUCUUGGAUUUCAGAUAAAUUUCUUUCAAAUCACUGCUGCACUGCUACAACAGUGUGGUCUGAAACCAUGACAACAUGCCAACCUGUGGACAUCCCUUAGACCCGAGUCUUCCAUGAUGUUGACUGGUCUGCAGUUAGCUGCCAUACUGUGGGAAUAUUUUAAUUCCAUUUGACACAAGGUGCACAUUACUUUUGAUUUGUUAGCUGAGCCAUCUGGAAGUUUUUUUAAGUGAAAGGAGCCAUUCAUAAGUGCAGUGGUGUUGUUAUUUUCCAUCAGGAAGAAGGAAGCUACUGUGAUGGCUUGAUUAAGGUGUCUUGAAGUGACAAAAUAGUGGCACAUGAUUAAUGCUAUUUAAAAAAAAGAAAGAAAAAAAAGCAUAAUUUAUGAUUAACGCAUCAGUGCUGACAGCCUUAAUAUGAAUUUCACCAAUUUAAAUGUUUUAUUACAUUUUGUUCAGGAAAUUCACCCCAAAUCCAGCCCUCUGCUGGGAUCAGGAUAAUCCUCAUUUUUUGGAUCAAAGGUAUCCCGAUCCUACUACAAAGUUUUCAACAACACAUUCUGAUUUCAGCUAGAUCUGAUCUGAUUUCAGAUAGGAUCAAAUCUUGGAAAUUGGUUGAUCAUUCUGAUCCAGAUUAACUUUUUAACUGGGCCUUGGAGUUCAAACACAAACACCUGCUGUAAUGUCACUGGCUGGUGAGAGGCAGGAGUGCAACAUGCUUCAAAGUUUUAACCCAUAAGUAACCACAUGCCUGUUUGCCACAUGUAUGUCUUGUUUUGUUUUUUUUUCUUACUGGUUGUUCCUCUUGGCUCUCAAAGUCUUAUUCUGACAGAUCAAGUCAAUUUGAUGAUGCAACAUAGUUCUAAGGCCUUGUAAAUAAUAAUAAUUCAAUAAUAAUGUGUUAACAGAAUAUUUAAAGAUGGUUAAGCUUUUUCAUUUUCUGUUUGUGAGUUUUAUCCUGUCUUUGUUUCAUGUGAACUACUGAGUGUGCCUUCAUGGAAAAAGAAGAUAAUGCAUUUAGCUCAUGGCUAUAGCCAUAAUCACAUAGAAUCGUACUUGAAUGGUUUGUGAUCAUAUAAAAUUGAAGUUAAACAAAAUGCUUUGGGACAGAUUGGGGAAGAUUAAAUCAGGGAACUAUUGUGAGAACA